CGCAGAAAUUUCAUAGCGUAGAAUUUUUCUUCGUCUUCGGUUGCCGUCGUUCUUCUAUGUUGCUAGCAAAUGUUCCUGCUAAAGGAAAACAAGAGAUGGCUUCAAAAACUGACAGGGAGCUGCGGAAAGAGAUCGCUUACCUUACAAGUAAGUAAGCAAUUAGCCUCGUAAACAUCUAGCUAAUUUAUUUCUUCCAGAGCUGAUAGAAAUCCACAAGAGGUCGACAGUCGCCGGGUCUCAGAACAAGUCGAGGCCGGCCGCUGGAAGCAACAGAUUCAAGUGGACAGCUUCAACACAAACAACAUCAACAAGUGGUCCAGUGUCCAAAAAAGAGGCCCCAGUUCCUAGCAGUGUUCAGACUACCAGCAAUUUGAGUGUGGGACCUCGUACGACCGGUGCCUCGUCUCAGGAACUGUCCACCCUCGUCCUGCGCUCCAAACCCCUCCCCGUACACAGUAAAUAUCACUACGGAAACCACUAUCGCCGUAGCAACCCCACUCAGAGUACCCGUCGUCCCGGCAACAAGAAGUGGAAUAAUCCAGCAGCGGCACCACGGGGAGAUCGCGACAGACCGAGCCAACCAAAACCAGACAGAAAUAGAACUGUAGUGUUGAGUCAGGCCACCUCAGUGGAGGUCAGAGAGAAACCUAAACCACCUCUACCGCCCUCCUCCUCCUCCUCCUCCUCCUCUUCUGUGAUUACCUCAUCUUUCUCCAAGGCCAACAGCGAGGGAACUGCAAGUGCUGCCGGAGAGACCCGUAGGAAGUGGUCUCACUGCUACAAAUGGCCUCACAAACCCUCUCCCUCAAAACUCACACCAGCCAAUCCCCGCAUCACUGCACCUACCAAGCCGACAGUGGCCACACCUCCCAAGACAGUGGCCACACCUCCAAAGACAGCGACUGCACUGCCUCAGUCUCAUGGUAACCCCGCCCCUCAGUCUAGAGUGGCGCCCACUAGCUCCAGAUACAAGUGGAGAAGACGCUCCACCAGUUCAAGCAUGUCGUCCGGUAGAAAGAGCAAGUCCCCGGGUCUGAAAUCUCCACCCGCAACUGGAUCCAGAACGAAGCUUCAACACCACACUGCAUCGUGGGUCAUCCACAAUCCUUACAAACUCACGCAUGCCUCUAUCAUCCACAAGUACAGCAGGAUAAUGCAGCGACAGAGAAAUAGCAAAACAUCAAAGCUAAAUCGGUUUCUGACUAAACGGACGAGUUUUCAAACUCCCCAUAAGAUGUCAAAGUCGAAAAACAAAGUUUGGAGAGCGUCUGACCACUGUGGUGGUGGGAGCACUACCAGAACCAGUAUUGGUCGGAGUGCGCCAUUGAGGAGACUGUCGGGAGGACACGAGCUGAAGACGAGGCACGGGAACAGGCAGUGGGUCGCUAGAAGAGCUGCCGGGCCCACUCCAGGGAAGAGUGGAGCGAGGUACGCUGGCCCGGUUCCUUGGAGACGGCUCUCUGGACACGAGCUGAAGACGAGACAAGGGAACAGGCAGUGGGUCUCUAGAAGAGCUGCCGGCAGCUUCCCACCCACUCCAGGUAAGAGUGGAGCGAGGUACGCUGGCCCGGUUCCUUGGAGACGGCUCUCUGGACACGAGCUGAAGACGAGACAAGGGAACAGGCAGUGGGUCUCACGGAGAGUGGUGAUGAGGAGGAAGACCCUUCAAUCACCGGCUGCUAAUGGACGCGGGAGGUGGAUGACAGCUCACUACGAGGGAAGAAGGGGGAAGAGCCUCCAGUUUGUGAGCAUGAGUGGACAGAAGUUUGUGGUGGACUCUGGCGGCCGUAGAAUGAAGAGGCUAUCUCUCUCCUCCCCCUCCUCCCCCAGACUCAGGCUUCGUUCUAGGGGGAGGAGUGUGUCAGAGAGUCACACCCCCUCUCACUCUAUCAAGCAGUACCUGGCCAGCCGAGCAGUGCAGAGGAGUCGAGUGUAUGUCUGGAGUGCCAAGCAUAGAAAGAAGGACAACGCGAAGCGGUACUGCAUCUUCUACAACCGGUUUGGAAAAUGCAACAGAGGUGACAGCUGUCCCUACAUCCAUGAUCCUUCGAAGAUUGCAGUCUGUACCAAGUUCCUGAGAGGGAUGUGUGACAAGACGGACGGCAGCUGCUUAUUCUCACACACUCUCUCCAAAGACAAGUUGCCGACCUGCCGUUACUUCCUGAGAGGUGUGUGCACUCGGGAAGUGUGUCCUUACCGUCAUGUGAGUGUUGGGCGACGUGCAGAGGUGUGCCUCAACUUUGCCCGCGGCUACUGCCCCAAUGGGGAACAGUGCUCCAAGCGUCACAUAGUGGACUGCCCAGAGUUCAGUGAGCAAGGCAGCUGUCCUCACGGAGACAAGUGUCUACUGAGACACAGGAAGAAGACAGAGGCUCCUCCCACCAAGACGAAAACUCUGCCCACCAAGACCCCGCUAGCAUUCAGGAGGCUGCGUCGAGAUAGAGUGGGUCCUCAGCCUCCUGAGUAUGUGGAGUUAGACCCUGCAAUUAGUCCAUUGGAUGAUACCAAUAAUGGAGGAGAAGGGAGUGGUGGUGAUGCAUCAGAUGCUGAUUAUCUAACAUUAUGCCAAGAUGCACGCCGACUGAGUCCGUUGGAUCCUAGCUGCCCUGCUCCUGACUUUUUGGCUCUCUGAUCUCGAAAUUUGCUCUUCAGAACAGUUCCACCGUUUAUAACUCUCACUCUGAUUCACAGGGGCGUAGGAAAGUGUUUUGCAUUGGGGGGCCACAAAAUUUUAGUAAACCCUCGGCGAACUGCGCAUGCGGAGCCACGCCUCCCGCCCGCGAGGCUACGUGUACGUACGUGUUUACGUGCGCAUAAAAGCGGUCGCUCUGGUGGCGCGGCAGCGUUCGCCCUCUGGCAU